CCAGCUGAUCAGAGCAGAGUCUGGAAGAGUCUAAAUGAGUACAUGAAGAACUAGACAGAUGUUUGAGAAAUAUGUUUAUAUUUCGAAUGCCUGCAAUAAUAUUGGAUAUAUUGGAAAACUGUUUUGCUUUUUUUGUAAACCACCAAGUAUUGGUAUCGGCAUCAGUCUGCAAAAUCGGCAUCGGUCUUCAAAAUCCUGUAUCGGCUCCAUGUUCACUGCAUUUGUGCUGGUGCUGAGCUGCCUGCUGCAGAGGAACCUAGUGACCACAGAGGGGCACCGUGGGACCAACUGCCUCAUCUUCUAUGCAGUGCAAAUGGACGGAGGCACCGGAGCUGCCAAAGCUCUGGCUGAGCAGCAUGGACUGGAGUUCGUACAACGGGUUGGCAUCCUGAAAGGUCUGUACACACUGAGGGACACCAGGGGGCGCCCUGACAGAGCCACCUUUGAAGACAGACUUGCAGCAACAGCAAGGGUUCACUGGGUGCAGAGGCAGCACUGCCAUUACAGACACAAACGAGUUCCUGUGACAAGACUGGACCGUGGCACUACUAAUGGUCCCCACAGGAAAGAGACUGUAACUGACAAGCAGCCCGAGGAGAAUAAGAGCGACCAGUCCCUCACCUUCAAUGACCCUCUCUGGCCCAUGCAGUGGGAACUGUUUGCACAGGGUGAGUACACUGAUGCGACUGACCUGAAUGUGAUGCCAGUUUGGAGGAACAAUGUUACCGGACAUGGAGUCGUGGUCAGCAUCAUUGAUGAUGGUUUAGAUCACACAAACAAGGACCUAAAGAAAAACUUUGAGGCCCGUGCCAGUUUUGACCUGCGUGCAUCACACGGUCUGUCUCACGAUCCCAUGCCUGUCAGAAAUGAGGAGAAUAGUCACGGUACCCAUUGUGCAGGGGAAGUUGCCAUGGAGGCCAACAACUCCUACUGUGGUGUGGGCAUCGCCUUCAAUGCCAGGAUUGGAGGUAUCCGCUUGUUGGAUGGCUCUGUGACGGAUGCCAUGGAGGCCACAGCUCUGACCUUCAACAUCCACUUCAUCGACAUCUACGUCUGCAGUUGGGGCCCGAGGGACGACGGGGCCGAGAUGGACGGGCCGCAGAGCCUGACAGAGCAAGCCCUCCGGCUAGGAGCUCACAAGGGCCGAGGUGGGAAGGGCAGCAUCUACGUGUGGGCGGCAGGUAAUGGUGGAAUGCAGCAUGACCACUGCGGUGCAGAUGGAUAUGUUAACUCCAUCUACAACAUUGCCAUCGGCGCCAUCACUCAAACUGGGAAGCCCGCCUUCUAUGGAGAGCCCUGCCCUGGAGUGAUGGCCGUCACUCUGACAGGGACCAGCGUGGGAAGCUCAUUACCUUUGGUGACUGUGACCAACAUUGGUGAUGGAUGUGUCACACACUUUCCAGGAACAUCCAGUGCUGCUCCGAUUGCUGCAGCGAUUCUGGCUCUUGCCUUAGAAGUAAAUCCUGAGCUGACGUGGAGGGAUGUUCAGCAUCUGAUCGCCAAGACAGCAAAGAUCCCCGACCCUAAAGAGCCUGGCUGGAACAUCAAUGCAGCAGGAUACCAUGUUCACCAUAGGUAUGGCUUUGGACUGUUGGAUGCAGGGCUGAUGGUGCAGCAGGCCGCACACUUCCACAGCGUUCCUUCACAGAAGAAGUGCACACAGGAAGUCACACUUGAUCCUGCCAGAAUCUUUUAUCCAGGGCAAGGAGUCAAUGUGAACAUCCAAUCAGAAGCCUGCCAAGGAAGGGCUAAUGAGAUCAACACUCUUGAGCAUGUCCAGGUGAGAGUGAGUAUCAACGCAGUGUGCCGUGGUGACCUCUCCAUAAGCCUUGUGUCUCCUGGUGGCACAGUGUCAGUGCUGUUGGAUACGAGGCCUUACGAUGCCUCCACCGCUGGACUGAAGAACUGGACCCUGAUGACUGUGCACUGCUGGGGCGAGCAGCCACAAGGCCGCUGGAGCCUCCAGGUGACUGACCGCACGGGCACAGUGAGGAGCUGCGCGAGGCCAAGUGAAGAGGAGGCAGCCGGAGCUCUGCACAGCGUUACACUCAUCCUCUAUGGCACCUACCACCCACACAGGACCACGCACGAGGGACCCGUGCAGAGCGUUGUGUCCAUGGGGUUGGAUCACCCAAUCCCUCAUGGGUGGUUGUACCAGAGAGACCAGUCCCCUCCUAAUGACCUGCUGCAGUGGAUCUACCAAAUGGAGAGGGAGAAGAAGGUGCGAGCUGCUGAUAUCGCCAUGUCACUAAGAGGAAAGAUGGGAAAAACUCGAGGAGACAGACCGGUUAAGUCAAGCCUGACAUCUAGUCUGGCUUUCAAGAUACUUGACACACAUGUUGCCCAGAAAACAAAACCUACCGUUGAGAGGGAGCCUCCUGAAACCGAGACCUUCGACGCGGAUGAGGAGCGCAGGUCCUUGCACUCACAGAAAAUCCAGGAUGUCGGCACAAUCCGUCGUUUUAGAUCCAACAGAUGACGGAUCUGUGAGCAGAAAGGCAUGAGAGGGGGCGGGGCAGAGGGAAGGGAAUUAAAAACACAACCAUAAACCAUAGUUACGUAAAGACUGUAAUUUUCCACAGUGCAGAAAAGCCAGUUGAUCAUGAAUCAAGUCAGCGUACUGUAUUUUGACUUUGUGGCCUCGGUGUGAGCAAAGAUGACUUAUUGUAGGUCGGCUUUGAAACCCACUUUCUCACCUACACAAACCCAAAAACCCUGUUUCUGAAAAACAAAUAGCUUCAGCAGCGCUCGUCCCCGCCCCCCAACCCUCGAUCCCACUCCUGGUUUGCCUUCGGAAGUAGCAAAGGUUAGUGAAAGAUAUGUUUGUCUUUUUCCACUUCAAUGAAGGGUGAAUUCAGCUCCGUGCAAUAAGAAAUGGAUUACCCCGUUCAUUAAAGGGGGCUGCGUCACUCCUCAUUGAGUUGGACAAAUAACAAAUUAAUUCCUAGCCGCCUAAUUUCUCUCUGUUCUCCACUGAAUUCCCAAUAACGUCGAAUUACUGAUCACAGCCAUGUGAGCUCUCUCAACUUUCUAUCAAUUCAUUAAAAUUUUUGCCACAGUGGAGAUGCUGCUGAAGAGGAUCUCUCCCUUUUUCUCUUUUCUUUUUUUUCCCAUGCAUGCUUCCUUUAACACCACAAGCUGUAUACAAACAGAAAGCAAGCGAAGUGUUAAUAUUAGGAGAUUAAAAACACCAGGAAGCGUUACAGAGAAAGUUACUUUCACCCCGGGCGGUAAACUUUUUUUUUUCUUUGCCAGUCUAGUGCAGGUCUGUUGGUGGAGGUGUUUUGUAAAGUAGCAGUAGUGUAUUGACAGGGCAGUAUUGAUGUUUCAAUUAGAGCAGCGUUACAUAGUGCUCCAGCAUGGUAACACGGUGCGUCUUCUGCCAUCUGCUCUGCCUCCACGUCUGACGAACGAGGCACGUGGGGCUAAUCGAGCCGCACAUGAGCGAUGGGGCUGCGAGAUCUCGCGCGCACAUACUCGCGCGCGCUGCACACACACACUUGUCCUAUACGCACGUCCUUAUGCAGAAAAAUAAGGGGGGAAGGACGAUGGAGAGCUCCUCAGCCCUGCUGUUUAAACAGCCUUCAGAAAGCCUGUGAUUCCUCGCUUCACAUGUGCCACAGGAGAAGCCAGCAGGUUAUUUCCCCGACAAGAAAACGGGCAAAAGCGCCAGAUGCACAAGUUCAAAAUCUUCAAAAAAAAAAAGCAGCUCAUCUGAUAGAAAGAACAAAAAAUAAAUAAAUAAAAGAGAGAGAGAGAGAGAUCAGCUUCUGCCAGGUUUUCUCGUGCUGGGACGGCCUGAAAUAACAGUGUGUAUUAUGCCUGGCAUUAUUGCCUGCCAAACCACACGAAUCAAAGACCUCAUUGUGUGGAUUACCUCGUUAAUCUGUUGAUGCCAUUGACUAGUAUUGCAGGUGCUAAUGUGCCAGUUUUUUUUUCCUCCUCUUUCCUUCUCUCUUCUCUUAUUGGGGAGGUGUAGCGUUAGGUUUGUAAUCUGCUUUAAAUGCUUUCUGGGGAAUGAGACGCACUGAAAGCCAGCCAAGAGAGCUCUGCUAUCAUGGAGCGCUUUCUCUUAAUACGGCACACAGAGGGGGACAGACCGACUGAGGCUGCGGCGCCUGUGCCAACGGGGACGAGCUAGCGAGCUACACGCCCCACGCCACUUGUUGAAAUAUAUGACUGCAUGAAUAAUGAAAGAGGAAGAGGGAAGUGGUAUUGCUAGAGCAGUCUCACAAUGACAUCCAUCACAGGAAUGCCUCAUUGCUCCUCUUCUUCUGUUUCCUCCUGCAAAAAAAAGGAGCUCCAACUUGUGUCUCUUUGGAGAAGCUAACCGGAGCUGAGCUCAGUUGCCUGCCCGAGCUGAUAGACUUUAGAGGUGAAACCAGAAAGAGAGGGAGAUAAAGAGGCAGAGAGAGAGAGAAAGACAGAGGGAAAGGGGACAGAAAGAGAGGUAAUCCUUGCUUUUUUUUCUGCUCCCCGGGGUGGUCUCUUCAUCCAAGGCCUCAAAGAGGGACAGAAUACACGUCCCUGCUACAAUGAAGGGGACCCACAGGGGAUGUUGCUAUCAGUGUGUGUGUGUGGUGGGGGUGCAGCUUUAAGCAGGCCUUUGAGUGGCCUAAUUGCAUUGGAAUACAGCAGUCUGAGAGCUGGCUCAGAUCACGGCGGGCUGCUGGAGGGGUGAGCGCCCGCACCUCGACAGCCACACUCAGCAAAAGAGCCCCGGCACAAAGCACACAAUUAAUGCUGUCCCUCUCGUUAACUCUCUCCCCACUUUUUGUCCUCUCCUACUUUUCUCUCAUUCGCCUCCUCCUCACCCCCAUAUCUUCGUCUCUCUCUCUCGCUCUCCUCUCCCUCUCUCGUUCCUGCCUCCCUCCCGCCUCAGUAUGUCGUCACUCACCCGCUGUAUUAAUCCUCCCAUACAGCCUGUCAGUCUCCCUCGUCUUUGAUGCACACAACAAUUACAGUAAGGAUGAAAGGCGUGGGUCGGCUCUCGUUAUGCAAGAUUCGAAACGGGCCUUGGCGAGAAUUAUUGACAUCCGAACAGCUAAUCUGAAAUAAAAACUCUGUUAUUACUUCGAAGGAAGUGAUCUGUGCUCGCUGCAUAUAUUUCUGGCUGUAUAUACUCAGGAUCAGGGGCUCUUAUUUUAUUGCAGAAAUUUAAAAAAAAGGCAUGUACUUUAUUUGUAUUUAAAUGAGCCCACACUGAUUGUAUUCUUCUGAUCUGAAGAUUUUGUAUCAGUUCUGCUAUCAGCUAAAGUUAAGGCAGCUGAUAAAUGCAAAGUAAACAGAUUUUCAUUUCAUCACGAUUGUUCCCCAAAGAUGACACCGCGGUAGAGCAAUAAUGCUCCAGCGGGGACUGUUUGUAUCUUUGCUGCAUUAAACACAAAGCUGUUACAAUCUAAAUGUGCUUCAUUGGAUUUUAUCUUUUACAAAGAAAGCCUGGAUAUCAUACAGGAAUCUAGAGGUGUAUUAUAUUAGAGAUAACUGUGAUAUUUUAAAAAAUGAUAUAUCAAUAUUGUGCUAGUAAUUCAUAGGCGGUAAUGCUGCAAAUAAUUGUUUUUUAUUGUGUGUGCUUUAGUAUAGUUAUGUUAACAUUUGUGCACUUGUAUUUUGAGUUUGUUUCAUUUAAAGUAUGAAAAGUCAUAGAUUAUUUUCAAUGAUAACAUUAUUUACAUUACUUUAAAAAAUGUAUUUUCUACAGAUGUUACAGUAUCAUUUUUAUAUUUUAUUAUAAAUCAUCAAACUAAAUUUUAGUAUUGUCUGAUAUUGAUUAGACUUUUAAAUACAAUGCUAUUUUUGCAAGGUAAAAAAAACCAAUCAGAUUUCCAAUUAUGAAUAUCUAGUGACUGUUUAGGGCUUCUAGGGUAACCAUAUGAAUCUUUUUGGAUUUUGGACUGUCGGCUGGACAAAAAGAAAUGUUUAUGACAGGAAUUAAAUUAAUUUAAUUUAGCAAGUUGUUACACACAUAAAGUUCAGCAGCCUCACUGAAGGUCAUUCCAUUUUAGACUGAAAAUUCACUGGAAAAAAAACUAAACAAAACAAGUUAACCUACUGGACACAAGAUAACGCAUCUGCAUCACCAAGAAGCCUGCUGUCAGUCAAUGGAGGCUUUCAAGUCUCCACAUCACACUAAAACUGCAUACUGAGUUGUGAUUGGCUUUCAAACUGGUGAUGUCAUGAAUUGUUUUUGUAUACGGUACAUGCAUAUGCAAGGCAGAUUUAAGGUGAGCACAGGCAAACCUAACCAUACCUGUCAGCACAUGGGUGUGAAAACCUUCCUACUACACACACACACCACUGUGUUCUGGGCUCUUUGGGUUCUGGAAACUGAUAAGUAGGUUUCAUUAGUUAAGACUGUGAAAAUAAUCAUGAUUACAAAUUUCUUUCUGAAAGAUCUGACACGUUAAGGUGCUGUAUCUUCUCUCUGCAGUGGGCGGUGGACACACUUUUCAUUACACGGGUUAAUAUAAUCGUUCUUUGGCGUUCACAGACAGCAAAGAGUGAUUGGGCCUCGCCUUCCUCUCUCCCUCAGUUUGGACCCCAAUGUCCUCGUCUUUAAAUAGGACUCAGCGGACUGAGAUCGUGGAACAAUCAGUGAUUUAAAAAACAUAUCAUACUCAACCAGCCCCUCCUUUGAUUUUCUUCAUUACACGAGCCGUGUCUUAAUAAAAUCAAAUUAUUUCCGCUCACAGGACGCUUUCUGGUGAGAAAUUGGCAGAGGGAUGUGAGCUGAUGUAUGGGGAGACAGUCGCCUAAUUAGAGCGUUAGAAAUUGAAUCUUUACAGCACACGGGUCAUAUAAUUAUCCUACUGUUAAUUUAACGCUUACAUUCUCUACUGUUCAUUUUUAUUCCCUUAAAUGCAGUUUGGCAGCGACCCUCACUGCGUCUCGGUGCAUGAGAGGAAAGGCAGCGUGGCCCCUAACGCUGGCCCCUCUGUGUGAUUGAAUAACUACGGACCCCGCAGUCCAAAUAACAAGGCUCGCAUCAUUUAUGCAUUGUUAAGCCACGUAAUUGAAACGAGCCAUAGUUUGCAUAUUACGCCAUUAAAAUAAUGUGCUUUGCGUUUCUCCCAACACGACUAUUUAAGCCUGUGUGGCGAUGUGGUAAUUCCUUGAAUUACAGCCUAAUUACCACAAUGUUCUUUUGAUUUGGCCGAUUUCAAUGUUACACCACAAUAAUGUUCAAUAUUACCAGAAUGAAUUACUGAGCCGUGCCUGGAAACUUUUUCCUGGUAUGACUUAAAUCCUGGCCUCUUCAUGUGCUGUCAGUGCAGCUGGAUUCACUCCUAUGAAGGAUUAUUAGCCUCUGAAAUGAGAUCCAUUAAAGGCCCAAUCAGUAAUACUUAAUUGAAGAGCCCGAGUGAUACAUGGAAUACGAGGAUUUUGCAUGUGUUUUUGCCCAUCAUCAUCACUACUCGCUUUAUGCUGCUGCGUAUUACUGAUGUAAACAGACCAUCAGAGAGCAUUAUAGCGGUUGUCCACUGUUUAUCUCUGCAAUUAAAGACAAGUCUGUUAAUUAGGGCUGAUGGCAGUUUUCUUUCUUUUUGAAAGUUUGCUGACAAAACAUGUAUUUACUAUACAGCUAACAGCCUUAAAUGUAUUCUAAGUUGGUUACGUUACUUGUCUUUUGUUCAUAUUUUGUGGCAUAAAAGAUCAGAAAUGAGAAUUUUGGCCACUUAAGUGACAUCAAAGCGCAAAGAAAAAGUUGUAGUACAACUUAAAUCAGCAUAUGAAUUGAAACUGCAAUCCAGGUCAUAGAGAAGAGACAUUUUGCAAUUAGCACUUGCUCUUUGUUGGAUGGCCCUGCAUUGUUCCCAGACCUUUGUCUAUAUACACGACAUGUGUCCCUGUGUGAACUUUUUGAAUAAAUUAACAUCACUAAUAAUGAUUUGUGAGCGUGAAUAUUCACCAUUUGUGUUUUCGUUGCGUGGCUUGAAUUUUUUUUUUUUUUUUUUUUUUUUGGGGGGCGGGGGGGUUGAAAAGUAUUUCUUUGAUAAUUGCUUUUUUAUUGCCUCUUAAUUUUACUGCAGGUCCAAAGUUAUUAAAUAAAAUGUUUAAUUACAGUUUGAGUCAUUUGCAUACUUUGAAAGUUAUAAAUUGUGGAUAUUGAAGAACUGCCUGCAUUGAUUUAUAGGUUUAAUUUGUGGCCAGUAUGUAUGACUUUAUUUCGUGUGGACUGAAUUGUUGUAGGCCAUAGACUAACCAAAGGUACUGUUAAUUGCACACAUGCAGCAGGAAUCAUUAAUGUCUUCUAACAUGCAGAAUUACUGCCUCGGAAGUUAGAAAGUUAAACAUGUGCCUCUGCCAGUGAAAAAUGUCCAAGAUGUGUUUGUCAUUUUUUUCACAGUUUGCUUUCUCUCAGCGGAGUGUGAGGAGCAGCUUUGAGGACAGACAUAAUCUCUCUCAUCUUUUUUUUUUUUUUUUGCUUUUUCUAGCCCUUUCUCCCUCUCAGGGCCCUGUGCUCUUUACUCCUCCCUCCUUUAUCCCUGCAAACGCUUUGUCCCCGCAGUAGAGAGCCUCUCUAAAUAGAGGCCUUUAGAUAGUCCGGGAACAGGGGUGGGGGAGAGCUGCAGCGAUGCAACUGCUGUUGUUUCAUUUACCUCUCCCUAUGGCAACCAGCAGCAGUUGGCCAGGAAUGUCCCCUCUCUGGACAAAGUCCUGGUCCCCGAAGCUGACACUGGAGGGUUGGGGGGGGGACAGCUGAGACAGGAUGGAAACCUGCCCUCCCUGUUCUGGACUAGAGGCCUGAGUUUGGACUUAAUCCUCCUCUUCACUUCUGUCUAGCUUCACUUUAGUGGAUGACGAGCAGCCAGAGAAGGUGUUCACACAAUAUUAACUCUGUAAUCGUUCUAUAUAAGACCUGAAAAUAAUUUUUAAAUCUCUUUUAGUGAAGUGAAUAAGCCUUCAGUACAGUUGCACCAUGCUCUAAUGGCCCCAUAUACAGGUUCUUUACAGUGCUGUAAACAGCCAUUUAGUCCCUCAUAAUAUCCUUUAAACUGCAUUUAAUAAGGGCACACUGAAGAGAGUUUUAUCUCUCUCUUUUUUUUAAUCACUAAACUUUGCAAGUCCUCCAUGCUACAUAUAUAUAUAUACAGAGAGCCAUAACUUCAACUGGGAGGGGGCUUCCUUCUUUUUAUCAGCGUGUAGCCACUCCCACCAA